CCCCCAAAAUGACCCAAACCUCGAAUUAUUUCUUCUAUCUGUCUCAUAAGCGAUUUACAAAUUAAUCGCGGUUCAAAAAAUAAAAUUAACGUUUAUUCAGGCCAGGCCAAAGCUUCAGUUGGACCGACUCGCACUUGCGCACUUUAAAAAAAAGAUGCUGAAUGUCAGUUGAAGUUGAAGCCUCGUUUUGAUGGGCGACAGACAAGCUGACAAGAGGACAACAACAACAACCCCAGAGCUGUCAUGUACUGUCUGCCUGUCUGCAGACAAGACAAGUGUUCAUGGAGGGGCUUGGAAACAUUCACACUGUGCUGUCAGCAAACCUCCAUGUCCAGGAUCAUGUUCAGUACACCAGCAGCUGCUCCUUCCUCUCCCAGCCCCUCCUCCUGCAUGCAUGUAUGUUGACAACUAUCAGUGUGGUUAUUAAUGUCUCUUAAACUUACACUCCCCCCUCUUCUUGUCAGAGCAGGUUAAACAAAUCUACUAAAUGCUGCAGGCUUGUCCCAAAGAGAGCAGCAGUAACAGCAGCUCCUCUUGUGUUUGUCUUUUGGUUGGUGACAGCACAGGAACAUGUGGUCAUGCAGCGGCCAAUGCCGAGCCCAGAGGAGGCGAUCAGCACUGUUAGACUAGCAGCAGCAGCAGCAGCAGCAGUACUGGCACUGGAGAGGAACUCAGCCGUCCCCUUGCAGAGAGAAACCCCCCUAAAAGAGAUAGAGAUAGAGAGAUAGUAAGAGAGAGAGAGAGGGGGGAGGAUUUGGUUACAGAGCAGAGGAUGAGGAUGCAGCGGGAAGGUGAUGUUGCAGAGGAGGCUGCCGGGAGGCAAAAACAAACAGGAGGACAGGCUGUGUGAUCCAGGUCUCAAGAUGUAGGAGCUGCAUCAGAAGAGCCCUCGGUCUGAGUGUGUGUGCGUGAGCGUGGGGUGUGUGUGUGAGUGUGUGUGUGUGUGUGUGUGAGAACGCACCAUAACAUCAGGGGACUUCUUCUUGUUUCAAGGAUAGUGAAGGUGGAGAGGUGCAACCUGAGAAACCCCCCUUCUCCACCUCCACAGAGGAUGACAAAUUAGUCCUUAUUCAGCAAGGAGCGAGAGCAUCACUCUGAGGAUCAGAUGUUGUCCACAGCUCAGCAGAUGCUGCAGGAUAGCCGCUCCAAGAUCGAGCUGAUCCGACUGCAGAUUAUCAAAGUCACCCAGGCUGGCAGCAGCAGCAGCAGCGGCGGCAGCAGCAGCAGCGGCGGCGGCAGCGGCAGCGGUAUUGGCGGUGACGGUGGUGGUGGCAACCAUGACAGCUCCACUCACAGAGGGAUCUCUCCGGUCGCCGUCAGUCCCGUGGACGCUCGUUUUGCAGAGUUGCAGCACUACAUGCAGAGAGAGACAGAUGCGUUGGUGCUGGCCAAAGAUGUGGUGAAGCAGCUGGAAGGGAUCUCAUCGCUGGACCAGAAGGCACUGGCUGAGGCUCAGUCCCGGGUGCAGGAGUCCUCCCAGAAGCUGGAUCUUCUGCGGCUGUCCCUCGAGAAAUGCCUGAAGGAAAAGAACCGAGAGCCUCCACAGCAGCAGCAGCAGCCUGCAGAGGCGGGGGGCGACGCCUCACAGGGACCCCCAUCCCCCGAAAACCCCAGACCUGGAUGUCUCCUGUCCUGCUCUCCGUCCAUCUUCUCUAUCAGACCUGCCUCUUUAACUGGCAAACUUGAAGUCAGACUUCUUGGAUGUGAGGAUUUACUGAAACCUCUGACAAACCCAGAGCAGGGAAACUGUCUGAGUCCCACUGAGGACAGUUCACCAGCUGCUCAGAGGACAGAUGGACUCUCUGCAGAGAUCGGUGCCGUGCUCAGACUCGACGGCAGACUGGUCGGCCGGACGCGAUGGGCCGCCGUCAGCGGACUGAGCUGGGAUCAGGCGUUCUGUAUCCAGCUGGAGCGGUCUCGAGAGCUGGAGGUCGGUGUCUUCUGGCGGGACCGGACAGCGAUGUGCGCCAUCAAGUUCCUGCGACUGGAGGAGAUGAUGGACAACCCGAACCACAACCAGGGCUUAAGUCUGGAGCCUCAGGGCCUCCUCUACGCCAAGCUUCGAUUCAUCGACACUGUUGUCGAGCGGCAGCCGAAACUGAGACGUCAGCGAUGUAUUUUCACUAAAGAAAGAGGGAAGAACUUCCUCAGAGCAGCCCAGAUGAACAUGAAUUUCGCCACGUGGGGUCACCUGAUGAUGAGCAUCCUCCCUCGCUACAGCUCCUUCACCACAUUCAGCUCGUCCCUCUCCACGACCCCCGACCUGGUGGCCAACAACGCCCCCCGUCCCGCUGAGAAGGAGCCUCAGAUCACCACUCCACUGCCACGUGAAGCUCCGUUAAUCAGACUCAGCAUCACCGAGGAUCAGCCCUCUCCCACCAGCACCGACCAGGGAGAUGACGCUCCCACCAUCAUCACCACCCAACACAACACAUCAUCUGUGCCUGAACUGCAGGAGAAACUGUCGUCUGUAAACAGCACAGAGGGAAGUGAAGAUCAGCCUGUAUCUGCUCUGAAGAUGCACAUGGAAGACUUCAAAUACAUCUCAGUUCUGGGCAGAGGACACUUUGGGAAGGUUCUGCUGGCAGAGUUCAAGAAGACAGGAAAACUGUACGCCAUCAAAGCCUUGAAGAAAAGAGACAUCGUGACUCGAGAUGAAGUUGACAGCCUCAUGAGCGAGAAGAGGAUCUUCGAGAUGAUCAACGCGUCCAGACAUCCGUUCCUGGUCAACCUCCACGGCUGCUUCCAGACCGGCGACCACGUCUGCUUCGUCAUGGAGUACUUACCGGGCGGAGACCUCAUGAUCCACAUCCACAACAACGUCUUCACCGAGGCCCAGACCAGGUUUUACUCAGCAUGUGUCCUGCUGGGUUUAGAGUUCCUGCACCUGAAUAAAAUCAUCUAUCGAGAUCUGAAGCUGGACAACCUGCUGAUGGACGCAGAUGGAUUUGUGAAAAUCACAGACUUUGGACUUUGUAAAGAAGGGAUGGGUCACGGAGAUCGGACCUCGACUUUCUGCGGGACCCCUGAGUUUCUGGCUCCUGAGGUCCUGACAGACGACAACUACACCCGGGCGGUGGACUGGUGGGGGAUGGGCGUCCUCAUCUACGAGAUGCUCGUUGGAGAGUCUCCGUUCCCUGGUGAGGAUGAGGAGGAGGUGUUUGACAGCAUCGUCAACGAUGACGUGCAGUAUCCCCCUUGUCUUCCUCCUGACGCCGUCGCCAUCAUCCAGAAGCUGCUGAAGAAGAAUCCUCUGAAAAGACUGGGAGCUGGAGAGAGAGACGCAAACGAGGUCAAAGGAGAGAAAUUCUUUGAGGCCAUCGACUGGGAGGCCCUGCUGGCCAAGAAAGUGAAGCCGCCGUUCCUGCCGUCGAUCAGAGAGUCCAUGGACGUCAGCAACUUCGACAGCGAGUUCACUCGACUCCAGCCGAUCCUGUCGCCUCCCUGCAAACCCUUCAGCCUCUCGGCCGAGCAGCAGGAGGCCUUCGCAGACUUCGACUUCUGCGCCUCGCACGGAUGAAAGACGAGCUGGAAAAGACCAGGGAGGGAAACAACAACAACAACAACACACAUUUGUUUUGUGGCUGGGAAGUUUGUUGACUUCUCUGUCCACGGUGGCAGGUAAACACACAACCCGUUAGCAGCAUGUUACAACACUGAGCAACUCAUUAAAAUGCUUUGUAUACAGACAUUAACGGGACGAUAAGUAGUCUAGUGCUGUAUUUAAUCAUUCAUUAAUCAGUCAAUUGGCAUAAAAUUAAUCUCAGACAAAUCCUUUAUCAAAUAAUUACUAAUAAUAAUUACUCAUUGCUCUUUUCUAUCAAUUAGACUAAUAUUUUUUACAGCUGUUUCUCAGACAGUAACUUUCUAAAGGCCUCGCUCUCAGGUCUCUUUACUUUUGGCAGUUUUCAGAUGAAAUUAUUGAUUAAUCCGAAGAAAAAAACCGAUUAAAGGAAUAGUUUGACUCAUGGACUCACCUCCACUGCCGAGCUGUGAUGUUCAGCCGAUCAACGUCCAGGGUUUAUGGGAAAUGAUGUCUGUUGAAAAUCUGAAAUAAACAGCAGCAUUAGAUCGUUUAAGGCUCUGCUGGAUAAUUAGUCCUCAGAGCUGCUAAAAUGACACCACGAAAAAGUUUGUUUUUCUUUUCAAACUUUGCUUUUGUGACCUGAGUGAUGACAUUUUCAGAUCCACCUGUUUUUCAGAACAUUAUAAGUAGAUCCAGCUCUGAGUAGCUGAUAGAGAAUUUUCUAGAACUUACAAACUUGCUGCAGCCUUCAGGUACCUCCGAGACGUCUUCCCUAAGCUCAGUGGGAAGGAAAUAGAAGCUACGUCACUGGUUCACGGCUUGUUGGGCUGAAAAUGAUGUGGAACUGGUCGAAGCUCUGGUGAAGAAGAACAGGAACGUGUGCUGCAGGACGUCACUGAAAGUCUGGAUGCUCCUGAUAAAGUCAAGCAGAACGUGGGGGAACACAGAGACUGUUUCCUCCGAGAUUUACUGGACUUUGAACACAUAACGUGAACAUGAUGGAAGACUUCAUUCAGGGGCUGAUGCCUGAAAGUGAUUUACAUUACACUCGCAAAAUUCAUGUUCAUCUUUUAAUGACUUUAGUAGAAAUACAUUUAAAUCUGGAUUCAUAUGUUGUUUUAUUCAGACCUCUCGUCUAUCAUCAUUCAGGUCACAAAAGCAAAGUCUGAAGGGAAUAAUGGACAUCCUCUAUAGGUUUACAACACAAGCAAUUAAGAAAUAACACACACUGUCCAGGAACAGCAUCUGUUUAACAUCUAGGAGAUUUUAAAUGAGGGUUUCUUACCUCAGAACAGAACCUGGACGUUCCAGCUCUGUUCGCUUUUCUUCUCCGCUCAUGAAGCUCUGUCCAAAGGAAACUACUCAGCAUUAACAUCUUACAUCUCAUUUAUUUAAUCAGAGCAAAAACCAAAGUGUAAGAAGUGGAUAUCUGCUCGACUGUUUCACGGCCGGGUGCAGUCGCUGACUUCAGCAGCAAAGCAAAUAAGGCAAACUAUUCCUUUAAAUAGAGAAGAGAUGAUCAGGUAGUUGGAGCUGGAAAAGCCAGAAAUGAGCUAAUUAUCCAACAGCCUGAAAACCCGCUUGAAGAUCAAGUUUCCCGCCCUGGUCUUGAGACAGGACACUGUACGAUCCCAUGGCUGAUUUCGCUGACUGUUGUCACUUGUCAUCCAGUCGUCGAUCGAACACCCAGGCAGCAUCCUCUCUUUGUUCAUUUACUUUUCUAAACAGAGCAAAUAAAGUGAUUGUAGCCCUUUA